AAGCAUAAGCUUUCCUUGGGGACGGAUAUGUCACAGCCCACUCCAAUCUCAGCGUCUGUCUCUAUGGUAUUGCCUCUCUCUGAGGUUAUUGAUUGGCCUUCUGGGGGCCCUUUGUUGCUCAAGUACUCCUCCUACUCAAGUAUUCAGGUGCAGGAUGCUUUUAUUUUCGAUCCUCAACUGCAAUUUAUACGAUGCAGACUAACAGCAGAAGAGAAACGCGUUGUUAAACGCGGACGUAACCGUGUUGUUCGAUUGUAUCAAUUGUUAGACUUGCACUCUGUGUGCUUAUCGCUUUUCCUCUCUCGUCUAAUGUUACCUUCUCAAAUUGGCUCACAUGAUGGUACUUUGGAUCGUUCCCUCUUUCUCUCCUUCCUGUCGUAUGUGCAAUUGGGGUUCGCCUUCAGAAACCACUUGUCAUUUUUAAUUGACUGUAGAAAAAAGUACCUCGCUUGGAAGCUCAUUUGGGCCCACUUCUUCCCUUUGUCCCCGUG